AUGGACCGGAGAACUGGAAAUUUCGUGGUGUUUGUUGUACCUCCUCUGGUGACCUACUGGUUAUCAUACAUAACUGAGAACAGGAACCUGGAUAUCUGUAUGUCUGAUGAGAAAACUAGAGCAGUAGUUGUGGUCAAUCAGGUCGGGAAACUGAGAUUCAGAUACACUGGACAUAUUCCUGCUCUAAAUAACCAACCAUUCGAUCCACGAGGAAUCACUACAGACAGUCAGAGUCACAUCCUUACAGCUGAUUGUGACAAUGACUGUGUCCACAUCAUAGACCAGAAUGGACAGUUCCUCCGUUACAUAGACUGUGGGCUAAGUCAACCCGAAGGCUUGUGUACAGAUACAAUUGACAAUCUGUUUGUUGCUCAAUAUAGAAACACACAA